AGAAUCAGUAGCUCUCAAUAUUUUGUCUACUCCAAAUAUCAUGCCUUCAUAUAUCCCCUAAUGGCUGAGUUCUCUGAAGCACUACAAAGCCACAAGCUUUUUCUUUCAGAAACAAACUCAAACUUGAAGCUGAUAGGGAACCAAAGUGCUAUGGAGAGUCUUGACUCAACUGAUGCUGGAUUCAUGGCUGUCUCAAAUAGGGUCAUCUUUGAUAAUCAGCAAGCUCAUCAGAUACCUAUGAACUUCCCUGGUGAAUUUCAGCAAGAAAACAAGAACGAGGACACGAUGCCUAUAUUCGAAGGCCUAGUCAUGGAUUUGUCCCCAUCUCCAUUUUCUGGAACAGGGUUGAGCCCAGAUUUUCAGGGCCAAGGUGGAAGAAAGAGAAAGAGAAACAAUGAUCAACAGAAGCCAAAAGAAGUUGUUCAUGUGAGAGCAAAGAGAGGUCAAGCCACUGAUAGCCACAGUUUGGCUGAAAGGGUAAGACGAGAAAGGAUAAAGGAGAAGCUAAGGUGUCUGCAGGACCUGGUUCCAGGAUGUUAUAAAACAAUGGGAAUGGCAAUGAUGCUGGAUGUGAUAAUCAAUUAUGUUCAGUCGUUGCAGAACCAAAUUGAAUUUCUCUCCAUGAAGCUCUCAGCUGCUAGUCUCUACCAUGAACUCAGCAUGUCAGAGAUGGAUGCUACACAAACGAUGCAGGGACAAGAACUGGGCAGAGAAGGGUAUGCAGGAGCAGCAGGAACUUCCUACUUCACACCAAAUGGUUUCUUUGACUGCGAUCAUUAGUUGUCAUAAUUUUGCUCUACAAUUUGAUGCUUAAAUUGGCCACACAUAAUACAUAAUAUACAAGAAUGUAUUUUUAGGCUAAACUGCAUGUAGUUUGAGUUGUGAAAAUAUAUAAAUAUUUUUAUUGAAU